GGGCAGCGUUUAGCGUUAGCGUUUUCAAAGCGAUCUGCACCGUUAAAAUUUUAUCCAAAACGCUAACGCUAAUCUCUAACGCUAUUCCCAAACUGGCCUGUAGUUUGCUCGCCCUUUCAAUACAUGGCUCUUUGCGCUAUAAAAAAAGUAAAUAAAAAUCGUUUUAAAAAAAAGUUGGUGUAGCAGAAUUCGGCGGGUCUGAUAGGUCCAACUGUUUUUUCUCCUCUCUUCUCUCACAUUUUCAUCCCUCCGAGCCCAAAGCAAAUGAAGAACAGAUACUUCUUUGAACGCCAUUCUUCAUCGUCGCCCCCAUUGCAAUGUGACUGACUCGAAAAGGUGGUUAAUGUUGGAAUUUUUUCGCUGAUUUUCACGUUAUAAAAGGAGAGAAGAGACGAAAAAUGUCUGGAUUUCAAGGUGUGAUCGUUUCGGAUCCGUGGCUACAGAGCCAAUUCACUCAAGUGGAGCUGCGUGGCCUUAAAUCCACCUUUGUUUCUGCAAGGGAUCAAAACAGGAAGCUCAUAGUGAGCGAUUUGCCUGCGUUUAUGUCCAAAUUGAAGGCCUUCAGUGGGAUGUUCAGUGAAGAACAAAUUAAGGCCAUCCUGACAGAACCAUUUCCUAACUUGAAUGAAGAAAUUGAUUUUGAAUCAUUCCUUCGGGCAUUUCUCAGUCUGCAAGCAAGGGUCACUAAGAAACCAAGUAAUAACUCAAAAUUUAAAACCACAUCCUCCUUUCUCAAGUCUUCUACAACAACACUUCGCCACUCCAUUAGUGAAUCAGAAAAAGCAUCUUAUGUUGCGCACAUAAACAAAUUUCUUCAAGAAGAUAGUUUCUUGAAGAACUAUCUUCCCUUGAAUCCAUCUACAAAUGCGCUGUUUGAUCUAGCAAAGGAUGGUGUUCUUCUGUGCAAACUCAUUAAUAUUGCUGUCCCUGGCACAAUAGAUGAGCGAGCUAUUAAUACCAAGAAAGUUCUCAAUCCUUGGGAAAGAAAUGAAAAUCAUACACUCUGUCUAAACUCUGCAAAGGCUAUUGGUUGCACCGUGGUUAACAUAGGCACACAAGACCUUGCUGAAGGAAGACCACAUCUCAUACUUGGAUUGAUCUCUCAAAUUAUCAAGAUUCAAUUAUUAGCUGAUCUGAACCUAAAGAAAACUCCCCAACUUGUAGAACUGGUGGAAGACAGUAAGGAUGUGGAGGAACUCAUGUCCUUGCCUCCAGAAAAGGUGUUGUUAAAGUGGAUGAAUUUUCAUCUGCAAAAGGCAGGCUAUAAGAAGCAGGUUACAAAUUUUUCUUCUGAUCUGAAGGAUGGAGAGGCUUAUGCUCGCUUGCUUAAUACUCUUGCCCCAGAAUUUGGUACAAGUGCAGCUCUUGAAACAAAAGAUCCCACUGCAAGAGCAAAUUUGAUUGUCAAGCAAGCAGAGAAGUUGGACUGCAUAAAAUAUGUCACUGCAAAGGACAUCGUUGAGGGUUCAACAAAUUUAAAUCUUGCAUUUGUUGCACAAAUAUUCCAACAUAGGAAUGGAUUAACUGUUGACAAUACAAAGUUGCCUUUUGCUGAAAUGAUGACAGAUGAUACUGAAACUUCUAGAGAAGAGAGAUGCUUUCGGUUGUGGAUUAACAGCCUUGGAGUUGAAACAUAUGUCAAUAAUUUAUUUGAGGAUGUUCGAACUGGGUGGGUUCUGUUGGAAGUACUUGAAAAAGUUGCCCCUGGAUCAGUCAAUUGGAAGCAGGCAACAAAACCUCCAAUUAAACUGCCAUUUCCUAAGGUAGAGAAUUGCAACCAAGUUAUACGAAUUGGAAAAGAAUUAAAGUUGUCACUUGUGAAUGUAGCUGGGAAUGACAUUGUCCAAGGAAACAAGAAGCUCAUUGUAGCUUAUCUAUGGCAGCUGAUGAGAUUUAAUAUGCUACAACUAUUGAGAAACUUGAGGUCUCACUCUCAAGGAAAGGAGAUAACAGAUUCUGACAUAUUGAAUUGGGCAAACGACAAAGUCAAGAGUGCAGGCAGAACUUCUCAAAUGGAGAGCUUUAAGGAUAAAAGUCUUUCAAAUGGAGUUUUCUUUCUCGAACUUUUAAGUGCUGUGGAACCACGGGUUGUGAACUGGAGCCUCGUUACCAAAGGGGAAACAGAGGAAGAUCAAAAGGCCAAUGCCAAUUAUAUAAUCAGUGUUGCUCGGAAGCUAGGUUGCUCAAUCUUUUUACUUCCGGAGGACAUGAUUGAAGUGAACCAGAAGAUGAUCCUCACUCUGACAGCAAGCAUCAUGUACUGGAGCUUGCAGAGGAAAGCUGGGAACUAUGGGAUUGGUUCAUCAUCCCCAGCAGAGAGCAGUGUUGGUGAUGUUAAUGUGGCAAGCCAUGAACAAUUGGUUGAGGAAGGUGACCGGGAGCCCGAGCCCGGACCUGAACCCGAGGCUGAGCCUGAGCCUGAGGUUGAAGCAGAAGGUGAACAGUCUAACAACUGAAAAGGGUAGUAACUAGAUUUUCUGGAAUUGGCAGCUUAACAUGGAGAUAUAUUGCCCUUCAAUAUCUCCAAUUAUGCUGUAAAGUUUUGUACCAAAGUUCUUGCUCAUGAACCCUUUUUAAAAAAUGAGAAACAACAUUUUUUUCUGGAAAAUAAAGGAAUUUUAAAUCU